ACACUUCCUGUACUCCACUUGAAAGAAACAUAUUUUGAAACAUUCAUGGCUUGAUGUUGCAUUAAGAUACACGAAGCAGAUUGAAUAACCAGCCCAAGAUGAACUACGUACCGGGGACAGCAAGUCUCAUUGACGACAUCGACAAGAAGCACCUGGUGUUGCUCCGAGAUGGCAGAACACUGAUCGGUUACCUCAGAAGCAUUGAUCAGUUUGCCAAUUUAGUUUUUCAUCAAACAGUUGAGCGCAUCCACGUUGGGAAGAAAUUUGGUGACAUCCCCAGAGGAAUAUUCAUUGUGAGAGGAGAGAAUGUGGUGCUGCUUGGAGAGAUAGAUGUGGAUAAGCCCUGCGACACAGUCCUGCAGCAGGUCUCCAUUGAGGAGAUUCUGGAGGAGCAACGAUUGCAGCAGCAAGCCAAACAGGAGACGGAGAAAGUCAAAAUGCUGGCCCUGAAGGACCGAGGCCUUUCCAUCCCUAAAGCUGAUAACUUGGAUGAAUACUGACCUUGAUUCCAUGAGCCUCUUUCUCAGUUUGUAUCAGACUGAUAAGUUUUAAGUUGAGUCUGAGAGUUUUUGUUUUUACAAGGCUGCGUCAUGCUUGGCCUGUAUACUGUAGUGUACUGUAUGAAUUUCAUUUGAAUUAUUUGGAGGGGAAAAAAAUGUGAUGCUGCUCUCAUUUGUGCAGAUCCUUACAGCAAAAUGAAAGAAUCAUGUGUUUAUGUAAGAUCACUCUGUCUGCAAUUUAGCAAUUAUUUUACAGCAGCACUUUCUAUUUUGUCAGUGAUAUGUCGAGCCUUUUUAUUUGGAGAUAUGUGGGCCUGCUAUUGACAAAAACUACAUGCUAUGCUCCAAUAAAGAGUUUAGUUUUUCAUUAUGGAAGGCGAGCUUGGAGAAAUUUGUGUCAUC